AUGUCUGAUCUUUUCCUCCGCCGCACCGGUUCUCCAACUCAGAUUCAACCCAUUCCACUGCCUCAUUUCUAUUCGAAGGAGCUUACUCCAUCUACAACACUCUCGAUGAGUCGUACCGAGUCGGCACAGAUACAUCCCGAUAGAUAUCCCGGUUCAAUCACACUUCCAAUCGAAAUCUGGGAGCAUGCGUUCGACUACCUCGUCCCAUCCUCAUGGAACACAGAAAAGAUGCUGAAAGACUUGAGUCGCUUGCGCACAUGUGCCACAGUCUGCAGAUCGUGGCGUGCACGCUGUCUUUUCCAUCUACGGCAGUAUGUUGUCCUAGAGGAUCGACGGCAGGCUGCUAGGAUUGCGAAGAGACUUAGUCGAGAUCGACGCCUCGCUGCGGCAGUCACCACGGUGGUCGUUUCCAAAGCGGAGGCUUUGGGCCCGUUUGCGACUAGCAUGGCACGGAAGCUAGUACACGUACGUACCCUGGUGCUUAAGCCGCUGUCGAUCCAGGAGGACUGGAAGCCAAAGCUUCUGCAUGCGGACAUAUUCUUGCAUCUACGGAUCGCGUUUGACUCAGUGACGAACCUUUACAUUGAAUUCAACUGGGAAUCGCUUUUCCCAUCCGCAGUUCUUCUCGCCCGCUUCCUGUAUUCUCUUCCACAGCUAUCACACUUUUAUUGUCGUGGUGGGCUGAAGCGCCAAGAUGAUCCGAAGGACUUUGAUUUCAAUCCGCACGUCGUGCUUCAGCCGAGCGACUGGCCUCUCGCCCAUGUUGAUUUAGACUAUGCCGGUGCGACGGGCGUCAUGCAUUUUCUCGUGAAAACAUCGAUCGCCGCAACUCUCACGAGCAUAUCAGCUGAGAUGCAAGCACUGAAGGACGGCAAGAUGUUGGAAGCGGCUGGGAAGGUACUGCGAGAUUUGCAUGUGAGGUUUGAUGUCAAUUCGGAUGAUGUGCUGAGGCGGAAGAGGGGUUGGAAUGAGGAGUUCAGUCGACAGCUUUUACAGAAUACCAACCUCCAGACAUUCACUGCUACGAUAUUUCUCUGGAACUACCACCGCAAGAGGCUCUAUGGCCUUCGUACCUUGCUAAGCGGGCCUUUGCCGUCGAAUCUGCGUGAAGUCACGGUGAUUUUCAAGAUGGAUUGGUCGCGUGAAGAAAUCGAGAGCCUACUCAGAUGUCUUAAUGAAGAUAUCUGUGCGCAGAUUGAUGAGCUGCUGUCUGGUCCUCAGUACAAGAUGCUUCAUACCGUGUCCUUCCACAUUGAUGGGUACGUCGACGCCUUGGAUCUCCAGGACCGCUCAGACCAUCCGACGGAGAACGAAUGGAAAGAGCUUCUUUCACCACGAUUACCCAGAUUAUGUGCGCGCGGGCUGCUCCGGACACCUGCUACUUUGUACACUGAGCCAUAA